AUGGCGCAGAAGGACCAUCUGGCACGGUGGCAACAGAGUGAAUGCGACGUCAUCGUGGCCGCCAGCUGUCUGAGCAUGGGUGUGGAUCUGUUUACCGUCCGCCACGUGCUGUGGUAUGGCAGUGGUCAUGACGUCUAUACCCUGGUAAAGGAAGUGCAGCCAAGCAUCGCCGUACACAGUGAACAUGUCACUCGAUCGGGCGAGACUGCAGUGAUGGCUGAUGUAUCGCCACGGCCAAGUGCUGAACGAUUUGAUGCAGCCACCGAAGAGCUCAGGUCUGUGUCAGAUUCACCCACGGUGUCAGAUUCCGAGCUUCAGGCACAGCGACAGGAAGAAGCUCGGGCGCAGCCAGUGCAGAGCAGUGACACUCGUCAAGCUCCAGCAUCAGGCGUGACGUUGGCCUCUGAAGCAGGCUCGGCCAUGGCUGAUUUUUUGCCAAGGCCACGUGCUGGACGACUUGACGAAGAGGCCACGGAACCCAUCAUGUCUCUGCCAGCAACACCGACGGCAUCUGACUUUGAGCUUGAGUUUGAUUCCCUGACAGAACUUCAAGAAGAUGAUGUACCAUGUUCUUCCGUGCCAGGUUUGCGGGCCAAAACCACGUCAGGGGGUGAAAAUGUGCCUCGGCACGCAACAGAAGCUGCAGCUUCAAACGAGGCUAAGCAGACUUCCACGGCUUUAUUACCUCGUCUUGGAGCACCGCUGCCAUCUCUGCCAGUACCUUCGGCCUUGCCGAUGCGCUUGCCCGUGCCAUCUGCUCCCGAUGCCUUGUUACCACGGCCCCGAGCAAACGCGCCCUCGGCAGCGCUGCGGCUUACGCGUGUCCGGGCUCUGGCGGAACGCACAACUGCCCUAGCCUCACCCAUGGAGAGCUCCCCUGACGGUGACGGCCCUGUAGAUAUAGACCCUGCCGCAGAGGCCGAGACCACGCAGCACCCUUGCACUUUGUUGGGCAACAAGGGUCUGGAGUAUCUGGCGCAACCCUACGCGGCCUUCUGCCAGCGUGUGGCAUCUGCUACAUUGCCCCCGGCUGCUUUAUCAUCGCAAGGAUGUGAAGCGGCGUCGAUGCCACGUCUGAGAUCAGACAAGCGAGCCAAGACGACGCGUUCGCGCCUAAUCCACAAGGCGGCGGCUGACAAGUUUCUGGAUGCGCUGAGGUUGAUGCAUGCCUAUUGCAUGCCAUGUACCAUUCGCCAGUCUCAAGCCGUCUGGAAACCUCAACAUAUCUGUCCCGAAUCAGACGACACAUGCACCCGGUGCCAUCUCGCGGGGCACAGUGCCGAUGAGUGCAACAUCGAUUUUGAAUCUGCCACACGAGAAUGUUGCGCCAGAUGUGGCAUGCCAUCUAGGAUCGGCGGCCACCCGUUGAAGCAUUUGCCGAGCUGUGCAAUCGAUAAAGGCCUUGGACGAGUCUUGAGCUCCAUUGUCCUCCUUGCCGACUGUCAUCCGCGGCUGCGCCAACUGGCCAAGCGGAUGGGAUACGAUCUUCAGCCCGGGACGCUGCAGACGCGACAUUUUCGCGAAAGAUUUAUCGCAUGGCUGUACUCGGAAGACAAGCAUCUGCCGGCAGGCCAUUGGCACCUUGUGGAGUUUGUGAUUGAAAGCGUUGAGAUUUUGAUCGGGGCAGCCGCGAGGGCUGUGAUAUGA